ACUCUUCUCUCUCUCGCGGAACAGAGUCGCACCGUUUGCUUAGCGCUGCUGCUGUUCGGGAGACGGAAUCGAAGCUCUUGCUCGGUACGCGCUGAAGCGUCGGAGCUCGCAUUCGGCUCUCGAAUUCGUCCGCGAUCGAGCUCGUUCAACCACCUUGUGAUCUGUGCUGAAUCGAUUGGCGUCUCGCGAACAUGAUGUCGCCGAAGCAAACCUCGGAAGAUCGAGGAUCGCCUCAGUUCGGGCACACACCCUUCCAGAUAAUUCAUAUAUUGGGCAACUUUUUGAGAAUAUGGUCGGUCUACUCAAUGUACCGUUACUUGACUCAGACGGGAGCAUCAGUUGUGCUCUUCAUCUUCUGUUGUCUGGUCCCUGCAACAAUCCUGUUUUUGUUCCUGCAGAAGCCUUGGAAGGGUAGACCACUCUCUAAUACUCAGGUCGUACCUUCGGUGAUAAAUGGUGCCAUAACGGCUUUCUACUUUGUUUUGUGGGGAAAGGGCUUGAAACUAUGUGGACCGCUUAGAGCUUUAAUGGCGGAGUAUUCUGGUGCUGUUCUUGGGGUCUUAUCUGCUGUACUCUAUGGACAAAGACAGCAUGUAUGGAAAAAGGUUGGCGGGUUGAUGGCAAUGGUGGCGUCUUUCUACCUGUUGUCGCAAGGAUGGGCUAUGGCCUCAUAUUUUCCAAUAAAGUUUGGAGAAAGUCCCGAUACUGGCGAUCAGACAGAACACAAUCUGGGUAUGAAAGAAAUGAUACUUCCAAUCUUUGCGGGAAUCCUGUCAGCAUUGAGGAGAGUGAUUGCACGACGUGUCUCACUCAAGAAUCAAUAUAAAAGAAGACUUCAUGCAAUAACAGUUGCUUCCGCGACAUGCUUUCUGUUUCCUGUGGCAAUGUGGGAUAUGAUCAUAGGAUCAGAGUCUGCUGAUAGCAAGGAUUUACCAUUUUCAACAUGGGCUUUUAUAAGCACCAUUGCUUUUGGGAUUAUCUUGAUAUUUUACAUUGACAAUAUUGCGGAGGAGAGAUUGCACAUGGUUUUUUCUUCUCCACGUCAUCUGAUGGUAGCUGGUGGAUGUAUCAUAAUCAUGGAGAUUGUUUACCAAGUGGACUUUUCUCUUCUGGGGUUUCUAAUUUGUGCCUUAAUACUGGGCUUUGGGAUACAUGCAGCAACUUCUUUACAGCGUCCUAGAGGAGAUUCUCUCCAAAAAUCAAGCCUUUCUGAUGACAUUUUUGGGGACCAAGUACAGAUGUCCCCACUUCCAACUUGAAAGUUCUUUAUGAGGUUUGAAUGAAUGUUGGAUGAACCCAUAGUUGCUCACAUAGCUUUGUCUUAUUGAUUCCUGUGUUCUGAUAUAAGUUGGGACUCUAUCGACAGUUGAUGUGACAUCCGCAAUACCUUCUG